AUGCUGUCAUCCGGCGUGGAGACCCAGCCUGUUCCACUUGAUUCCUCCAUGUCUGCUGAGGUGCAGGAAUUGUACUCUGAACUCCCAGGGAGUGCCUCCAAAGAGCUUCAUGCUGACCCCGAGCCGAGUGCAACUCCAGAGGUAAAACCCGGAGCCUCAAGCUCUCAUGUAAGUCAGAGUAGGGCUGCGCCCUUGGAGCUGCAGAGGACUCCUCCGGAAAGUUGUCGUGAAGAAGCCCCCGAAACUUCGGACCAUGGGGGUGAGCCUGGGCCAUGUGGGCUGGUGGACCCCUCAACAGAAGGUCCCGUGGCUCCUGGGAGCUUGGAUAGGGAAGCAAAAGCCGAGAGCCUGGAGCAAAAGGCCUUCAGAGAUGGAGGGGACCAGGCAGAGGUGGUGAGAGCCCCCUGUGAGGGAGUGGAAGAAGACCUGCAUCAGUGUCCCACAGCCACUGGAGAACAGCUCAGCCCCGGCCAGGAGGACCUCCGGAUGCAGGCAAGCGAAGAACUUUUAUGCAUGGGCCUCCCUGAAGAUGGUCUGAGGAACAAAGAAAAUGAUGUACAAAUCACAGCUGAAACUCUUCUGACAUCUACUGAGGAAGUCCAGGUUAUAAAGGUCCAUGGAACUAAGGCGGACGAUAAUGAAGGACUCGAGAAUGGCCGUGUGAGUCAGGGUCUCUCGGCUGGGUGCCGUGGACCCUCAGAGACAGACAAAAUCAUGACCAGUGCUGAGGUUUCAGAGUCCAGCACCUUAGUUUCCCUAGAGCCUUUAAACAUUGUGGACCCUGGACUAACAGAAGCAACUCCUAAAGAAAAGGAAUGUGAAGAAAUAAGAACUUAUCCUUCUUGGUUGUCAUUGUUACCAGGGAACAGUGCCAUUUCCAAAGCGGACAGCAGGGAGGAAGAGUUACGUAAAUUAAACCUUGUCUGUGAAGCCGACGACAAUCACCAACAGGUCCCUGGCCACCAUAGUGAGAGACACAGUUCUGCACGUGACAGUCCCAAAGCCACGAGAAAGGUGGUUCUAACAGAACCCUCAGAAGAAAAUUCUAAAGUUUCCCAUUUCACAUCAGGUUUAUCUGGUCCAGGAUCCAGAACAACGUCCUCAGAAAAGUGUGGACUUGAAGGUGAUGGCUUGCCAAAGGGAUCCGCUGAAAAGAUGCACAAUUCCUGUUUGGAUGGGAAUGGUCAAAGCCAGAACUUGUUUUCUAGAGAAGAACACAAACAGCCUUUGAACCCCAGGAGUGAAAGAGAACUCUUCCUUGUUAAUGCCAGGCAACCAGGAGAGGAUGCUAGUCGUCACUGUUCUGGAAAAAAAGAGACUACUGUCUUCCCCAAAGAAAAUGCCCACGAUCACUACUGCCCUCGAGGCAGUCCCCAUAUAGGCUGCUCCAGUUCCUUCAUGCCCAGUUCUUUUACUAAAGCCGUGGAAGGAGUGCUUGAAAAAAAUGAUUUGAAAAUCACUUUAGACGUUCAUGGUAGCUUGGCAAAUGAUGAGGACCACAGAGGAACGUUUGCUGAAAUGAGCCAUCCAGGCACAGACUCUGAAGGGAGUCAUUUUCCCUCCUCAGUGCAGAUUGAAGAACCAGAACAGACAACCACUCUAGAGCCCAGUGUGCUGACUGAGAAGACUCACAGUAGAGACUGUGACUCCUUAGUCCGUACCCAGAGAAAUCUAGAAGGCAGACCCCAGUUAAAUGAAGCCUCGCCUAACAGAUUUUUAAUUGAAGGGAAAUCCCUUGUGAGUUUAACGCCAGAGGACCAGAUCAAUUCUAUAACUGAGAUGUCUAAGCUCAAGAAAGACAUUACUCCAUUACCACCAUCCCUAGAACUUGAUGACAGGCCUGAAUCAGAAAUAGCCGUACAAAACGCCCAGGACCACGGUCCACAUUUAGGAAAACAGAGCACCUCCUGGGAGGUGGAUAAAUUUGCUCAUGACAACAAACUGGUUAUAAACAAAACAGGAAGUGAAUGUGUUUUAAAUCAAGUGUCCCUUAAUUCUCAAACCUACACAAAGUUGCCAACCAACAAAGAGAUGCCUGUAGCAGCAAGCGGGGGUUCCCGACAGAGCCAGCGCCCUCCGUCAGAGGAUGACACAGGUGUCGCUGCCGGAACCCACCCCAUUCCCGUGAAAAUAAAGACGAAAGACAUCUCUCCACCAAGUGACGGAUCCCAUGGUGCCUCUUCAAACAGUUCCACCUUAAACAGCAGACUAGAAAGAGAGACCGAAGCAGCCAAUUCGGGAGCAGGUAGUCUGCAUUCUGGACUUCUCUCAAAUAAGAACGAAGUGGCAGCCUUGCCUGUAGAGGUCUCUGUCUGGGAACGUCAGAGUGUUCCGUCUCAGGAUCUCUCUAGCUGCCCUUGUGUGAGGAAAAACGUUCCAGAGGAGAGCAGGUGUCCUGCCCAUGCUGCCUUGGAGCCCAGCAGAACUACCCUGGGCAUCGAGAACUGUCUGUUAACCAAGUAUGAAGAUACCUUUCAGCAUAUCCAUCACCACCCCCAAGGGAGCGACAGCUCUGUGGAAAGCUGCAGCUGUAGAGAGAAUUGUGCAUCGGAGGAAAGUGAGCCAGUUGAGGGAGACACUGAAGACAGCCUUCCCGGAGGUGAGGCCAGAGAUGAAACGAUGGCAGGCACGUUAAACAGUGAAGCUCCAGACCAAACCACCCAACCAAGCAAGGAAGGGCCAGAAGAAAAAGAACAGGACACACCCAAAGAGACUGUGUUUUGUCUACGUGACAUUUCUGAUCGCGUCGCACAAGAAUUCAGCCAACCCACAAACAUUCCAAGUCCUGAAAAAUUGUUUGGUCAGUGUCCUCCCAUGUUCUCCGGUGUUAAGAAUGUGAACCAAGCAACUGAAACUCCCAAGCAGGAGGCAGAUGAUGCCCUCAGCUCCCAGGGUGACCCAGGCAGGCCCAGUGAACGCAGAGGUGAAGGUAACCCAGCUGAGGAGACACUCGGCCGUGACCAGCGAGAGUCGCCCACAGAGCCUGACAGAGAGGCGAGCCACAGCCUGAAGGCUCUACCCGUUGGUUCAGGCAGUAACAGCUCAACAUCUGGCAGGGGCCCCACAAAAGGGGGCUGUGGGAGGAUUUCUGAUUGUGAGGAGCCCACAGAUGGGACAGCAGACGUGGUCUCCACAGGCGGUAGUGAUGAGCCCUCAGAAGGCAUUCUGGAAGGAAGGCUUUCUGGUACUCUCACUGGGGGUGCAAGGCACGCCAGGGCGAUGUUGCCGGAAGCCUCAGGGAGUACAGUGUCCCAGAGGGGAGCGCCUGUCGCUGCUUUUGUAGGAAUGAUUGGCCAGGAUUCGGAUUUCCAACAUGCUGCUUCCUCUGCAUCAGACUCUCUCAAUAUUAAAAAAUCAUGUGAAGAGAAGGUAUGCAGACCCAUAGAAGACUGUGAAAUGGAAGUGUGUCCAGACCCUUGUGUGCCUGACAUAGGGUCUAUCGCAGAUCAUGAACCAGAUGUAAGAGUAUUGGGUAAAAUAAAUAUGUCUUUCAAUUAUGUUCAUCAUAAAGAGCAAGUUAAAGAAGCAUCUCUGAGAGAAACACAGGGAACAAUUGAAGGAUCAAGACUCGAAAUAAACCUUCAGCAAGACAAAGAAAAUACCAUUGGAAUUUCUUCAGUAGAGUUAACAUCUUCUGGACACCAGAGUGUAGACUCUGUACCCUCAAGAAGCCUGAAAUCCAUAGAGAUAAUGCCUUUGCACCCAUUGUGUCAAAAAAAAUCAGAAACAAUUAUUAGUAGUGAAGAAACUGACCCCCCAAACCUUUUUAAGCCAAUAGACAGUGAAAUGCCUUGUGAGAAGAAGAACAACACAGUCCUGACUGAGAUGGAGGGAGGAGCAGCCAGGAGUGAGAGUGAUCCUAGCAAAGAAGGCAGCACAGCCCUCAGGGCAGUAAGCUCGCCUUUGACGCUAGAUGCAGAAACUAAAGUGAAAGGAGAAAACGCUGCAGAGCAGCAGAGGGGGCCAUGGGGUCAGCCUCCUGCCGGGCAGGAGUCCGAAGAGAUGGCGAUCAGGGAAGGUGGUCUCGCUGACAACCCAAGCCAGGUCUCUCAGACCCACCUUAAAGCUCCGAGGAUGCGGGGUGACUCGGAGAAACGACCAAGCCAGAAGGUUCUGAGCCACAAGGAAGAGGAGCAGGUACGUCAAAAAGAAGCACACACAAUACUGGAACAAUGCACAGCAUCUCAUACGUUGUUGGAUGAGGUGCAGGAGGGUGGCAACGACGAGCCCACCUCAGAGACGGAAGUCACCUCAGCAAAGCCGGCCACGGGCGCCUCUGCCGUGGGGCCUCAGAAGCCCACAGACAUGAAGGAGGAAGGCUCAUGUCACCCUCCGAGAAAGGACAUGGAGUCAUGCACGUGCCCCCGCCCCCGCACUGCCCCUCGGAGGGCUCGAGACCCCUGCUUCGCCGGGUGUGAGGCCUUCCACGGUGCCUUUGGGAACACUUCUCACCGGAAGGGGGCAUUGCCCUUAAAGAAGCAGCCCCCCCGAACCUGCAAGAAAGUUUCCUGCCAGGAGCUGGUCUCUGUGGGAAGGAAAAUGAGUAGAAUCGCACGUUCUGCUUUCCUAAAGAGCUCCUCUGAGACCAUCCCCACGAAAGCACACAGAUUUCUCAGUUCCCGUGCCAUGUCUGUACCUGCACGCCCAGAGCCCGAAACAGCCCCUGCCAGAAGCCUUGUGAGCCAUGUACCAAAGCCGAAGGCCACCCCGGGCCUGCCCUCGGGGGGCCUGAAUGUGCGGAUGCCUACCAAAGAAUUGGCCUUACUCAGCAAGUUAUCCAUCCUCGCCUCCAGACUGGCCCCCGCUGCCAGGACCCAGAAGCUGCGGUCUCGGCGGUGCUCCUCGGACCUUCUCCCCGUGGCUAAAAGCUACAAGCAGCUCCGAUACCGGAGACUCCUGGACGGCUUCUCCUGCAGCACAACGCAGCUGAACCCAUGUUUGGCAGCUGGUGACUGGGACAGGAGGCCUAACAGUAAACCCUUGACGCUUUAUUCGCUCGAAACUGUCAAAAUGAGCUUCAUAGAUCUGAGCGACAAGAUGCCAUCGCUGCUGUUCGGUUCUGAAACCUUCCCGGUGUCCUUCCAUGUGAAGCUGGGCCCUGAGUGCGUGGCUGAGUCCCCCAGGACUUUCCCCGAGCACUGUGCGCCCGCGAGACUCGCCUUAGGAGAGGCCCGCUGGGGCCGUUCUCCACCUCCCAAGUGGACCUUCUCCUUCUUCCUGGCCCAUGGCUGCCCUGGAAUGGCCACGUUCAGGGAAGACCCCGGCCUCCACGACCAGGCAGGUGCCCAGCCUCCAGUUCCCCUCCAGGACCGCAGGGCCACUGCCCUAGUCCAGAGCAGAGGGGGCUGUUCCGUCCUCGGCCUCCACACGCUCCUAGCGCUCUGCUCCCCGGGAUGCUACCGGAUCUGGACGAAGAAACGGAGCUGUGCCAGCCACACGCCUGCCAUGCAGAGGCUCUUCAUAACCCAGUUAACACAGGGCCUCAAAGGGCUGCGGUCUCCUGCCUCCAUAGCUGACAAGGUCUUCAGUUCUCUGCCCUACUCGGUGGGCCGGGUGCUGUCCAUCUGGAGCCAGCAUGGGCCUUCCGCCUGCCCCUUGGAGAUCUCCACCCUUCCGCCCUCUCACAGCAAGCGGCAGUCACCUCUGGGCGCCAUGAGCAGCCACACCGUGUUGCCGUCCAUGCCUCUUCCAGGCCUGGAAGCUGCUUACAGUGUUGGCGGCAGUCAAAUGAGGCUAGAGCCUCCAUUCCCUGCCUUGGUACCAAAGUCUCACCUGGUAACAGACUCAGCUGUCAGUAAGCUCCUGUUCUCAGCCUCCGAGUUCCCAGUUCCCGGGUUUGACGAGCUGGAUGGUGUGACGGCCGCCUGCCCCCGACCACAGGGCAGCCCUCCAGAACAGAAAGAGGCUGAGCCGGAGAAGAGGCCGAAGAAAGUCUCACAGAUUCGCAUCCGGAAAACCAUUCCUAAGCCAGACCCUAACCUCACACCCAUGGGCCUUCCUCGACCCAAAAGGUUAAAGAAAAAAGAGUUUAGUUUAGAAGAAAUAUAUACCAACAAGAAUUAUAAAUCUCCUCCUGCAAACAGGUGUUUAGAGACCAUUUUCGAGGAGCCUAAGGAACGAAACGGUACGCUCAUCUCCAUCAGCCAACAGAAGAGGAAGCGGGUCCUGGAGUUUCAGGAUUUCACAGUCCCUCGGAAGAGGCGUGCACGUGGAAAGGUCAAGAUAGCGGGCAGCUUUACGCGGGCCCAGAAGGCGGCCCUGCAGAGCCGGGAGCUGGACGCGCUCUUGAUACAGAAACUGAUGGAACUGGAGACCUUCUUUGCCAAGGAAGAAGAGGAGCAGGAGCAGCCGUCCUGCUGCUGA